UUCUUUCAAUUAAACGAACAUCCCCCCUAAUGUUGUUGUUAUUAUAAUUAUUAUUAUUAUUAUGAUGUAAGCUUUGUCUUAGUUGGAAAGAACACAAGGUAAGCUGAAGGGAGCCCCUGUCUGUUUAACAAGAUUAAUCAUCAUGUCGUCACCAAGAGACAUGAUUAAUUUCUAUCAGACAAUGAUCUCAGAAAGGAAAGCCAGCGUGACGCGUUCCGCCUCCGCCGCAACGACGCGCCUGCCAGCUAUCUAGCGCCCCCCCCCCCCCCCCCCCUCCCUCCCGAAGAGAAGAAGAAAGAUCGAAGCCGCUUUCCAUUUCCGAAUCCUCGCCCAAUCUAUCUCAAUCCAUUCCACUCGCCGCUCUUUGCGAUUUCAAAUCUCAAUCGAAACUGCCAAAUCGCGUUUUCUCUGCUACUUGAUCGAUCUCAUCGCUGGUUUCUAUAUUCGCAUGAUCUCUGUUUUUGAUUGAACUUUGAAGUGAAAAAGUCGAUUCUCCAUGCUUUUUACUCUGGUGAAUGGCUUCGAUCAGGAGAACUCUGUCGCCGUACCGUGACCGGCCGUAUCAGAACGGCGGGGCUGCGUUUCCGGCAUCGUCGCAGUCUCACAAGGUUCUGUCCACCGGGAAGGGCUCGGCGACGGGUUCCACGUUCACUGUUGGGAUCCGCCAAUUCCUCGAUGGUCUUUUCCUGCAACGCCAAUCUCGGAAAGGGCACCAUACAUGGAGGAGAUCGUUCUACAGGUGUUUAUUGUUCUUCUUCCUGGGGUUCUUACUAGGUAUGACUCCGUUUGGCAGCGUUGAUGACAUCCGGAGCCAUGAUUUCUCGUUCGAGAUCAAGCCGCCGGCGGUUAAUGUUCAAGAGGAUGUUGACAGCGUAAAUGUGGAUAUGGUGGAAUUAGGAGCUAAGAGGAGAUUUAGUAUGAAAGAGAGGUUUGAUUUUGUGCCGCGGAAACCAUUAAUUGUUGUGACGCCGACGUAUAAUCGGGCGCUUCAGGCUUAUUACUUGAACAGAUUGGGACAGGUGCUUAGACUUGUUCCUCCGCCGCUGUUGUGGAUCGUGGUGGAGAUGAACUCUGUGUCGAUGGAGACAGCAGAGAUGCUGAGGAAGACUGGUGUUAUGUAUAGGCAUUUACCGUGCACGAAGAAUUCCACAAACGUGAAAGACAGAGGUGUUCACCAGCGGAACACUGCGCUCGAGCAUAUUGAGCACCACAAACUGGAUGGGAUUGUUUACUUUGCUGACGAUGACAAUAUCUAUUCGUUUGAGUUGUUUGAAGGUCUCAGAGAAAUCAGCCGUUUUGGCACCUGGCCCGUUGCUAUGCUUGAACAAAGCAAAAACAAGGCGAUACUUGAAGGUCCAGUCUGCAAUGGGACUAGAGUAAUUGGAUGGCACACAAAUGAGAAGAGUAAAAGGCUCCGAAGAUUUCAUGUUGACAUGUCUGGGUUUGCAUUCAACAGCACCAUAUUAUGGGACCCAAAGAGAUGGAAACGACCCACUUUGAAUCCAAUUCGACAGUUGAACACUGUGAAGGAGGGUUUCCAAGAAACCACAUUUAUAGAACAAGUGGUGGAAGACGAAAGUCAGAUGGAAGGCACGCCCUCUGGUUGUUCAAAGAUAAUGAACUGGCAUCUCCAUCUGGAAGCUCACGCACUUGCUUAUCCUAAAGGUUGGCUACUUCAGAAAAACCUUGACGUUAUUCUCCCGAUCAAGUGAUUUACCCUUUAGUCUCAAUGCUGAGAUCCCAGGAGAGGUUUUCCUCGUCAGUUUUGUUGAUGCCAAUUUCCGAUCCCAAACUCAUUGGCUGCCCAAUGCGGGGAUUUGCCUCGACAUUUUGUUACCUUCUUUUUACUCACGACUAUAUGCAACAUUUGAGCAUGCCAGCAAUGAGCAAAUAGAUGAGGUGGUGUUGCUGCUAUAUGACCAGAAGGCAGAGUACCGGGUUCUCUAGGCUGCCAAAUGAAAUGCCCUCUAAACAUGGAGAAGUCAUAAUUUUUACUGUAGUUUCUUUUGUUCAAUGCUCCGUCUUCUGCAGAAUUAGAAUUUCAUUAUUUGUUGUAAAGUUUUCUCGUGCUUGUCAAUCGCAGGGUGUAAUUGUCUCCUAGUUUUCACAAUGAGUGGAUUUUUUCUAUACCGUUCUGAAAUUGAAGUUGCUUGGCUACAUUCGUCGAGUUUCAAGAUAUAUACAAAAUUCGUUUUUCUCA